CCACACUGUGGAAAAUACCUUUGCAGACGUGGCACCCGAGUGCACACACCGACCGCCACAUGUGCUUUUCUGCCGGGAAUCCCUGGGGUGAACGCAUGUUUUAUGGGCGUUUCCAGGAGCGUGCGUGCACCUCCAGAUGGGGAGCUGGUGGGCCGGGGUGGCAGCAGCAGCUCUAGCCUUGGGGGGACAAGCCUCUCUCAGCCACGCCAGGGGAAAAGAGAGUUAAGGACACUCACCCCCACCCACGGACAUACACAAGGCAGCGUCGGGUGGGAGAGAGAAGGCCAUUUCUCCUUCUGUAGCCUGGGUCUCCCACGGGCCUUCCCCAGUGCUGAGCGAGACACCAGUUGCUGGGUGAAGGGCCACAGCGGGCCAGGCCCCGACCCUGUCGUGACCCACCUGGGCACCUUCCCGGACCAGCUCCGCCUCCCCUGCCCUCCUCUCUCCAGGAAGGAGCCAGAACCCUCACCCCUCUCCCACCCUCCCCAGGGGUAA